AAGCCCUGUGCGGCUCAACGGGUGGUUAUCGAUUUCCGAAUGCGGGCGGCGGCGAGACACUCACUCGCAGUGCGGGCCGGGCGCCGCGGCGCCCCCGCGGAGGCGUUGCGGUGUGCCGCGCUUCCGGCGUGGCUGGGGCGCCGAGGCGGGAGGAAGCCCCAGGGCUGGGGCCUGCUGGAGUCGCGCGGGCGGCGCUGCGCCGCCAACGCCGCCGCGGGGGCGGAGGGGAAGCGGAGGUGGGACAUCACGCCCGACCGGUGGGUCCAGUUCAAGUACGAGCAGGAGGACCUCGACCGCUUCGCAGGCGAGCGGGACGCGUUUCGCGGGGAGCCGCGCCUGAGCCCCGAUGGCGUCAUCGGUCUGGUGGAGGAUGUAGAGAUGGACUGGACCACCGUCCUCCAAGGUGCCAUAUCUUGUACGCGUGUCGGAGACCUUUAUACGAUGCGUUUUCAGGAUCUCUGCAUGGAUCGGUUCGCAGAGAACCCGGAGCUCAUGGAGUAUUUUGGAAUCCCAGCGCCAGAGGACAAAGAGAUAGUCUACGUUCCCCACGACACCUCUGUGCCGCAGGAGGGCGCGUACCUCGAGCUGCGCAUGCAGGCCUACUGGCUCGCCUUGCAUGUCUGGCUGCUCCACAGCAAGCAGCACGCCGUGCAGGAGGGCGAGGGCCUCUUCGGCAGCGCCCUCUGCGCGCUGAUCACGCGCCGGCUCUUCGAGUUCCAGUGGGACCGGAUCCGUCUGCUGCUGUACUACAGAAAGGUGCCUGCCAUGAGCAUCACGAACGAGCUGCAGGACAUCCAAGAGUUCGUCUUUGGCCUCUGCGUUGCCCUCGACGACAUCUUUCGCGAGGAGGGCGCUCUGGGGCCCGGCGGCACCGCCGGUGCUCUCGGGCUCGGGGAUGCCGCGCUGCCCGACGGCUGCCUCGGGCUCGCGCCGCGCCUGAAGUACGCGCUGUGGUCCAACGUGUACAGCGGCCUCACGCCGCACAGCGCGGUGCCCCUGCACGAACUGACCGUGUACCUUCUCCGGCAGCGCAUGCUCAUGGAGGCACUCCCCCGAGGCACCUUCUUCAUGGGCCACUUCAGGUGGGCCGAUUUUCCUCCGCGCGAGCAGCCCGCGGCGGGAUAGCUCCACGAGCGCCGGCGGCGCGGCCCCCCGCGGGUGCUGCAGGUGCGGUGCGCCCUCGCCAGAGAAUGCAGGUGUCGCUGCGCUGUGGAUCGGCCGUCUCGCUGCUUCCGCACGCCCGUGCUCGCUCGUCUCUGCCCCUUCGCUGCCCCGUCCCCCUGCUGUUUCGUUUCGAU